AUGCCCUCUAUUACGUUUGUCUUCAGAUUCAAGCUGGCCCCUGUUCAUCUGAGACAUGUCAAGAUAGGAGAUGCCUGGAAACCCGUUCUGGAAGAGAUGUAUGUGUCAAAGGCAGGAAAGAUUACCAACCAACGAUACCAAAUCCAUUUAAACACCAAACUUGUUCGUGCCUGUGUCGAUGGCAACAUAAACCGAGUCAAAUGCAUCUUAUUUGAUGGUCGUGCGGAAAUCAACGUCCGAGGUCCACAAAGAAAGACGCCGGUGAUGAUUGCAGCAGAGAAAGCACACAUUGAUAUGUUCGGCUUCCUUGUAAGAAAAGGUGCUGAUCUGUCUGUUGUCGAUGCUGAGAGCAAUACGGUUCUACAUCUUGCCUGUGAGGGAGGAAACCUGGAUAUAAUAGAGACUGUCCUUGUGCAGGACACUGUGGACAUCAACAGUCUUGGAGGGCAAGACAGGACGCCAGCAAUGAAAGCAGCACUCAAAGGACAUAAGCAUGUGCUUGACCUACUUGUGAGGAAAGGUGCUGAUCUGUCCCACGUGGAUUUUCUUCACAAUACGAUUCUACAUUUGGCCUGUGAAGGAGGAAACUUGGAUAUCGUGAAACACAUUCUUACACAGAACACUGUGAACAUCAACAGCUUGGGAGAAAAUGACUGGACGCCAGCAAUGAAAGCAGCCAACAAAGGACAUAAAGAUGUAUUCAACUUGAUAGUGAAAGAAGGAGCUGAUCUGUCUCUGGUGGACAAAGAAGGUGACAGUAUUCUUCACGCAGCUUGUGAGGGAGGAAAUGUGGAAAUAGUAACUUAUAUCCUCAAACAGAGUAGUGUUGAUAUUAACCUAAGAGGGGAACACAUGUUCACGCCAGUGAUGGUGGCUGCAUAUAAGGGUCAUAAAGACGUAUUUAACGUGCUUGCAGGGGAAAAUGCUGAUUUGUUAAUCAGGGACAGAAACCAGAACAGCAUCCUUCAUCGUGCGUGUAAAGGAGGAAAUAUGGAAAUAAUUAAAUCCAUUCUCACGAACUACAGUAUGGAUGUCAACGACAUUGGUUUUGAAGGAUUGACACCCGUAAUGUUAGCAGCCUCUGAGGGACGAAAGGAUAUGUUCGACUUACUUCUGCAAAAUGGAGCUGAUUUGACACAGGAGGAUGACAACAGAUACAAUAUUCUUCACAUGGCCUGUCAGGGAGGGAAUAUGGAUCUAGUUAAGUAUGUCCUUGCCCAGAAUAUCGUGAAAAUCAACAGUCGAUCAGAUGAUGGAUCGUCCCCAGCAAUGGAAGCAGUAUAUGCGCGCCAUGCAGAAGUGCUGAAAUUGCUUGUAAGUGAAGGAGCUGAUCUGACAUUUGUCAAUAGUGAGAAGAACAAUAUUCUCUGUGCUGCUGUAGAGGGCAAACAUAUGGAUACAGUGAAAUAUGUCCUCUUAAAUGAUUUUGUAGAGAUCGAAAGUAGGAACAUCGAGGGGAUGACAGCAGUUAUGUUAGCAGCAGAGGAGGGACUGGUAGAAAUAUUUGACUUACUUGUGAGGAAAGGAGCCAAUCUGUCAUUAGUGAAUGAUGAUAAACAGAACAUACUACAUAUGGCCUGUGAAAGGGGCAUAGCGAACUAG